GCCACCGGUGCUCGCUCCGCCCAGGACCAGCGGGGGAGCCUCCAGAUCUCGGCGCGCCGCGCAGGCCAGCAUGGCGUCGUCCUCCGACGAGCAGUCCAAGCCGCCGGAGCCGCCCGCCGCCGCCGCCGUGGUCACCGCCGCAGCACCGCCACAGACGCACGCCGAGUGGGUCGCUUCGCUUCAGGCCUACUACGCUGCCGCGGGGCACCCCUACGCCUGGCCGGCGCAGCACCUCAUGGCGGCGGCUGCGGCGGGGGCGCACUUCGGCACGCCGGUGCCGUUCCCCGUCUACCACCCAGGCGCCGCCGCGGCGUACUACGCGCACGCAUCCAUGGCCGCGGGCGUCCCUUACCCGACGUGCGAAGCUGUCCCCGCGGUGGCGCUGCCCACUGUGCCGGAAGGGAAAGGGAAGGGUAAGGGCGGAGGCGCGUCGCCUGAGAAAGGCAGCUCCGGGGCGCCCUCCGGCGAGGACGCUUCUAGGAGCGAUGACAGCGGCAGCGAUGAGUCAUCGGAGACUAGAGAUGAUGACACUGACCAUAAGGAUUCAUCUGCGCCCAAGAAGAGGAAAUCUGGUAACACAUCGGCUGAAGGUGAGCCGUCUCAAGCUACUGUUGUGCGAUAUGCUGCGGUUGAGUCACCAUAUCCCGCAAAAGGAAGGUCUGCCUCAAAGCUUCCAGUGUCUGCACCUGGGCGUGCAGCGCUUCCUAGUGCCACCCCGAAUCUAAACAUUGGGAUGGACAUUUGGAAUGCUUCUCCUGCCUUGGCUGUGCCUGCAGUGCAGGGGGAAGUGAGUCCUGGGUUGGCACUUGCCCGACGUGAUGGCGUUACUCAACUGGACGAACGUGAAAUAAAGAGGGAGAGGCGAAAACAAUCUAACAGGGAGUCUGCAAGGAGAUCUAGAUUACGCAAGCAGCAAGAGUGCGAGGAGUUAGCCCGGAAGGUAGCUGACCUAACGACCGAGAACAGCGCUCUCAGAGCAGAACUUGACAACCUCAAGAAGGCUUGUCAAGACAUGGAAGCAGAAAAUUCACGUCUGUUGGGUGGGGUGGCUGACGCCCAGGUACCAAGUGUCACGACCACACUGGGAAUGAGCAUCGAGCCGCCGAAGUUGCAGCUGCAGCUGCAGCAGCAUCAUGAUGAGGAGGGCCAGCUCCACAAGAAAUCUAGUAAUAACAGCAAUGGGAACUGUGCUGGAGGCAGCCACAAACCGGAGGCUAACACUACUAGGUGAGAUACAGAGGUGGAUGAGGAAGUGACAAAGAUGAGAUGAGAUGAGGUGUUUCUUAUCUAACCACAACACCCAUCAUCGGUCAGUGUGUGUGUUUUUUCUUAGCGAAGCUGUCGUUUUAGUCCUCGCAGCCCGCUGGGGCCAUGUAGAGUCGCCCCCACUGCAGCCAUGUAUUAUUUAUGGCUCGUCGCGGUGUGCUUUGUGUUUUUUUGUGUGUUGUGUAAAAACUAUUGAUGUAACAAAACCUAGAGAGCCUAGAGGUUUUUUUUAUGUCUGCUAACUCCUGACGAGGGAUGUAAUGUAACCGGCCAAUUUGUUGCCUGAUCGUUCGUUAGAUGAAAUGCUAGCAAAUGUCACUCGAUA